UCUCCGCGACGGGCAUACGCAUCACGAUGUCCAACGGCUGGCUUUUCACCGUCGCCCUGAGCGUCGCGCUCGUGUCGUCAGCACUGGCCCAGUGCGUCACAUACGGCUACUGCGGCACGGAUCCGGACUCUGGCAAACCGCUCCCGUGCUCCGUCAAGCAGGUUCCAGUCUCCAUCGAGAGUGAGGUUCUAAAGGGGGCGUGCCCCGCCCUUACCGACUCUUCCGGCAAGCCAGUGCCGGCCUGCUGCGACGCUAAGCAGGCGAAAGUAUUCGUGUCCGAGUACAAGAGCCUCAUCACACUCGGCGUGGGCAAGGACAGCAAGUGCUUCAAAAAUUUCCAGAACCUCGUCUGCCAGGCGUUCUGCUCGCCGAAGCAGUCCGAAUUCGUCGCCAUCAACGGGACCAGCACCGGGGAAGGCGGCAAGCCGUCGGCCACGGAGGCGGUGUACGCCGUGCACAAGCGUUUCGCCGACGAAGUGUACGCAGCCUGCAAAGACGUCCGCACCUGGGUCUUCGGCAUCAAGCUGAUGAGGUACAUGUGCGGAAAGCAUGGCAACAGUAACUGCUCGCCAGAGAGGUUCCUCGAAUUCGUGGGCUCCAUCUACUCGGAGGGCGGCUACUCGCCGCUCAAGAUCCGCCACGUCCUCACCGAGAGCCCGAUUACAGUGGGCGGCCAGAAGCUGGAGCCGUUCAACCCCAAGUUGCUCUGAAGUUACCGAAAGCUGGC